AAUUGACAUUGACAGGAAAACAAACUGAUCAUUUUUCAUUGUUCAUAUUUCAAAAAUUACUUAUAUAAACUUGAAAAUUUACACAGAAUACCUUAUUAUAUUCUUUAUUAAACAUAGUAUGUAAUCACUAAGAAUGCCAUAACCUAAAUGUAGUAUUUAUGUUACCUUGCUCUUUGCUAUAAGUUGUACAUAUAAGUACUACAUAGUAUUUACUUCGUCUAAAAUAUAAUAGUGUUCAAUACUACUGUAUACUGUACUAAUUUUUAACAUAUGUAUAUGCUAAGGCAAUAGCCUAAGAAAAAUAAUUUUCAGUAAUCAGAAUAAACUUACUUAACCAUAGAAGUGUCAAGAUAAAUUUUGAAAAUCUUUAUACCUCAAUCAGUCUGAAAUAUGGAAUCUGAAUAUAUAGAUGACAUGAAGGAAGAACGAUUUCGUGUAAGAGUGUGUCUUCAGCACUACUUUUCUGAUCAUCGUUCCCAAGUGUAUGUUAGUGUUGUGCGGCAGCGUCAAGUACAUUGGUUGCAGCAACGCCUACAAACCUUGUUUGCCCUGCGUGGCCCCUUCUACCUGCAUAGUCGGGGUCAUUUUUUGCCACCUGAGGAACCACUGUCACUUCUUCAGCCUGACGACCCUGUUGAGGUGAUUCCUUUAUCCGGUGAGGCUUUGGACGUAGACAGCAACAAGGAAUACAAUGGCACGAUAACUACACAAGAUCAAGAGGAGAAACAGAAGAUUGAAAGAAUUACGUCACCUACACCUUCAACCGGUAAAGAGUCAUCGAUCGCUGCAACCGAGCCAUUGGAAACAGAAAAACAUAAUGAAGCUUUGCUUCUUAUGAAGAGGCAAGCUCUAUCGCUGCUCGAGUGUUGUGCGGGCGAUUCGUCUGUUGCCGAUGUCGAGAACGAAGUAGCUCCUGCCAAUGGCGAAAAACCGCGUCGCACACGCCGCCGCGUGCGUCGCCGCAAGCGACGGCUGUCCGACGUAGAUCACAGCAGGCGAGACUUGGCGCAGGAGGAGAGCGCCGCAACGGAAGAAGCUACAGGACCGGAGGAUACUGAAAUAAAGACGAAGGAGGUUGUGAUGGAGGAGGAGGCGGUGUUGCGAAAUGUUCCAGUCGCUACGCGUAAACCACGCAUAGUGCAUUCUGUGUCACCUCCUCUGACCUGAAGUGUCGAAACUGUGCUGUUGAUAGUGCAGGUAGAAAUAUGUUCAUAAUUUUUAAUUAGUUUUAUUUAAAAAUGUGUAGUGUUCGCGUAAAUAUAAGAAAUCAUUAUGUUCAUAAUUGCAUUGUUUUCAUAAAAUGGAUAAAUAUUUAAGUAUUUUUAUAGUUUCUUCAGAGCAAUUUUUCGUGAUGUCAAUUUUGUCUCAUAAUAUAAAACAAGAAACAGUCUAUUUUUUCAGUAUUAUUUUCAUUAUUAACCUAAACCUUAUUAAUAAUAGAAUUGUAUAUGAUCUAAUAAGAAUCUUAUUAUUAUUAAUUAAAUCUUUUACAAUGGC